AUGUUGCGUCUCGCAUCAAAGGCUGACCUUGAUGGACCAAACACGCUCAAUUCUCACGAUGCAUCGACCUUGAAUGAUGAUAACUCAUCCUAUACUGCAACCAACAGCAUUUCAAGCCAAGCGCAUUUUCCUCCUAGGGCUUCAGGAAAUCUUCGUAGCAAGGGAAGGUUUACCAACAGCUUAUCCAACAUCUCAUCCUACUGGAAACAUAUGGGUAAAGAUUCUAUAGAUUCAUCGCAAAACCAUUUUAUAAACGACUCAAAGCCACUCAAGGAACGAUCUUGGUCUUCGUUUCUGCAAGACGUAAUCAGCAAACGUGCCACUUUGACAAAUGAAGCUAAACUCGAAAAAGAUUCGAAUUCAUCCUCUAUACUAGGCAUUUCAGCUCCAUCUGGGCUGAAUCCUAAAACACCAAAACUAUAUCGAUUUUCGAGCUUGCGAAGUCCAGCUGCAAUUUUGAGUCGUGCUACAGGUAAUAUUGGAAAAUCUAAUGAACCAUUCGAUGGUGGAAAACCAGUAUCUCGAGGAUGGAGCUUCAGAUCCAAGCUGGACGUAUCUGUUACACACCAUAACGUGGAAAACCAAUGCGAUAUUUCACAUCCAUACUCUAAACCGCUAGAUUCAAAUAACCAAGCAGAAACUUCAAAUGCUAUUUGUAAUCAUUCCUUUAAUUUGGAUUCUAAACGCACCAAAUCUCCAGUUAUUCCAACCAGAAAAUCAUCUUCAGCUAUACCAUAUAGUAACCAGUUGCACUCAAUGGCACGUUCAGAUUUGCCCACGUCUGCUAAAAACGAUCAUUGCGUGUCUACACCCAUCAAACAUGAUAAAAAAAGGCUGGAGCUUAAUAUAUUCAAGGGAGCAGGUAAACUAAUUUCUUCAUCGACAGUAGCCGCUGCUCCAGAAGCACCAUCUGGAAUGGCUCAAAGUGUCAAGAGUGCAAAAGUUGCUGUUUUUAAACGGUCUCAGUCAAUUCCUCGAAAACCAGUUACUCUUGAUAUGUCCAAGUAUGACAAAUAUGCUUUAUCCAAUACACUUGAAAUGUCACGGUUAGAUUGUAGCAAUUCGGCAACUCAACCGCUUGUUACUGUUUCCGAAAAAACCGAGGAAAAAUUCCAUUUAGCUGCAGACAAAAAUCCUGAAUCUGGUGAAAACCCUCCAGUAAUAAGUGGAUCUAACAUAGAAACUUUAAAGCCGCCUUUGAUAAUUGUCAAGGCCAAGAAAUUCUCUCCAAGUGCGACUGACCAUCAAGUACCAGUAGUCCGAGAUUCUGUUCAACCUUCAAAACCAUUGCCCGAGUUUCCAAAAAACAAAUCUGGAGCUCCUGCACCUGCUUCUGGCUCUUUGACUGCGGCUGACCGAGAAGAAAUUGAGCGAACUAAAAGACAGCAUGACUUGGCUUGUUUAAUGAAUGGAAGCAAAAAGCUCAGUCAUGCAUUUCAUAGCAAAUAUACUCUUGGUGACAUGCUUGGUGAUGGUGCAUUUGGAUUCGUCGUCACUGCAUUCCAAAAAUUAGACAAUCGCGAGAUAGCAAUCAAGUUUAUUGCCAAAUCCAAAAUUGCUCGUAAUCUUUGGGUUCCAUUUAACGAAGCGACAAAAGAUCCUGUUCCUUUAGAAGUUGCAUUGUUGCAUCGAUUAAAGCAUCCUAAUAUUAUUCAAUAUAUCGACUACCUUAACGAAGAAAAUUACGUGCUUCUUGUUACCGAAUUGCAUGGCACAUCAUGGGACUCUGUACCUUCUCCGGGGAAAAAAGAAAAAGAUGAAGAAGGGAUAAAUAGGCUUGUGCGUGUAAAAAGUUUAGGAUCUACCAAAACCACAAACACUUCAAACCCAAUUGCUGUGACCAAAACAGCUCCUACAACCACACUCAAUUUUGGAAAGGCGGGUGUAGUCAAAAAGCGUACUAGUUGUGAUUUAUUUGAGUGCAUUGAUGCUCAUACUUGCAUUCCUGAAAAUAUUGCAAGGCAUAUUUUUGCACAGAUUGCCAUGGUUGUGGAGUAUUUAAAUUCAAAUGGUAUAGUUCAUCGCGAUUUGAAAGACGAGAAUAUUGUGAUCAAUUCUGAUUACUGUAUCAAGCUGAUUGAUUUUGGCUCUGCUUCACGUAUUCCUCAAAAGGUUGAAGACUAUUUUUCAAAAUUCAAUGGUACUGCACACUUUGCAUCUCCGGAAAUUGCUAGAGGAAAUUCAUAUCGUGGUCCAGAGGCCGAGAUUUGGGCAUUGGGAGUUUUGUUGUAUACGAUAAUUUUUGGAGAAAAUCCAUUUCAAAAUAGAGCAGAGAUCAUAAAGGGAACAUUUAGUUUUCCAAUGAAAAUCAACUCUGACUUGAAAAAUCUUUUGGAAAGCAUGCUUUGUUAUGAAAUGACAAAGCGAGCUACAAUCAAUGAUGUUCUUAAUCAUCGAUGGCUUGAAUCGGAAGUAAAGAUGCUCAAAGCAAAUUACAGAGCCAAAAGCAGAUCUCAAGCUGCUUCUCAAACAAUUGCCAAUGACACCUCAAACUAA